AUGGAUGAAGCAGCGGGUGCAGACAACAGCAAUGUUGUUAGGCAGGGCUUCAUCUGUCCGUUCUGCAUGGAGGAUUUUGGAGAAUACGAACGACUGAUGUUCCACGUUGAAGAUGACCAUCCAGAAGAGGACACUAGCGAUUUGGCUGGAUUGUUUGUUUCCAAUGUAAAAGGAUUCUUUGACAAAGCAAAGCGAGGAAUUCAGAAGCUAGACGCCAAAAAGAGCAUAGCUGAUAUAGCAAGUAACGUCGAAUCAGAACUGGCAGAAACUACAGAGAAGUUAGCAGAACGAGGAGCUCCUCUACCUCGGAUACCUAAACCUCUACCACCCGAUGAAAUUUCCCCCGGGACAAUGCGAUCGAAAACGAGAGAGUUCAUGGCGACACGAGAGCUGAAUAUAAAUGAAGUAGCUGUUAGAACGAAUAUGUUGAUUAUCAGGCUGGAUCGAUUGAUUAAUGGUGGCCCAAAGGAUAAAGAUCCGGUGAAAAGAAAAGAAUUCGAACGAGAAAUAGUUCCGUGGUUAGAUGACGCAGAAGCUCCAUGUUGUCCGCUGUGUGCCGCCAGAUUCGGUCUCACUCGCCGACGUCAUCACUGCAGGCUUUGUGGAAAAGUCUUGUGUCAUUCAUGUAGCGAAUUCCUUUCUUUUGAUACAGCUAGAUCCCUUACAAGUUCCUCCAACCCAUUGGGAGAUACUCAUAUCGACGUAAACGAGAAGUCACAAGACGAAACAGAAUCCUCCAACAACGAUGGAAACACCAAACGAAGUACGUUUUUCUCAUUCCAACACAAAAUGGAUAAAAUGAAAAAAGCGAUGGCUGAAGCGGUGCAAAAAGUUCAUUCAGCCGCUGCGGGAGAGGAAAUCAUAGCUGGAGCAUUGAACGAGCAAGAAAUGUCAGAUCACAUGAGAGUUUGUAAUCUGUGUCUUCGAGAUUUGCAUUUGCGGGAGAGUCAAAUGGAAAAGAAAGAUCCGCCCGCAUAUGUACAACAGUACGAUUUUAUGCAAGAAUUGAUUGAAGAAGUAAAGAAUCUUGUUCCAACUUAUGUCAGAGUGGUUGUCAGUUUGAAAAAUGGCGAAUCUGUAUACACGCACCAACACGGAGAGGAGUUACGAUCCAAGUGUCUGGAAAUUCAAAAGAAUAUCGAAAUCCUCAGUAAAAGAAUCGCCGAAGGAGCCGAUAAUAAACCAAAUGCUGCAAAAGAGCAACAAUUGAGAAGGAAUAUUCGUUUAUCAGCUAUUCAGUCUCUUCAAGGAUUGAUCGGUCAAAUGGAGUCACUUCCAACAGCAGAAGAAUGUGCAAAUCGGAUAGCUAAAAGAAAAGAAAAACGAGUGAAAGAUUUUGCGAGGGUGAAUCGAACUGUGAUGAAGAUGUCGAAUUCGUUGCCACAACUGAUUGCUCAUCCUAAUCUGAACAGUACUGGAAGUGUCUCUUCGUUAGGAGGAGGUCCACCGUCUGUGGACGAUGGAUGGACUGCGGAAGAUAAUGACCUAGUAUUUGAACCAUCCUCCAUCGAAGACGACACGAUACAAACCGACCAUCCGCUAUACGAACAACGCGAACAACUUCGAAAGUUUCUUUAUCAAGCAUCGUCCACUGGAAAAAUGGACGAAAUGGAUAUUCUGGAGAGAAAUCUCAAAGAAAUCGAAGAAGAGAUGAUUCGCCUCGGACUACCAUGCUAA